GCCUCUUCCCACCACCGCGAGUACGUACGCCCACGCCACACCACACCAUACGCACGCACGCUUCCCGCGCGUCAGAGGGGCAAUGCCGUCGACGACGAUGGCGGCGGCGGCGCUCGCGGUUCUCGUUGUUGCUACGGCCGUGUUUUGCGGCGCCGAGGCCCGCGAGGCGUGGCUGCCCCCCGCGGCGGCGAAGGUGCCGGCGGUGAUCGUGUUCGGGGACUCGACGGUGGACACCGGCAACAACAACGUGAUCGCGACGGCGUUGAAGAGCAACUUCCCGCCGUACGGGCGCGACAUCGGCGCCGCCACGGGCCGGUUCUGCAACGGCAGGCUGCCGCCGGACUUCAUCUCCGAGGCGCUCGGCCUGCCGCCGCUCGUGCCGGCCUACCUCGACCCGGCCUACGGCAUCCAGGACUUCGCCCGCGGCGUCUGCUUCGCCUCCGCCGGCACCGGCCUCGACAACGCCACCGCCGGCGUCCUGGCAGUGAUCCCGCUGUGGAAGGAGGUGGAGUACUUCAAGGAGUACCAGCGGCGGCUCCGGCGGCAAGCCGGCCGCGCGGCGGCGCGGCGCGUCGUCCGCGACGCGCUCUACGUCGUCAGCGUCGGUACCAACGAUUUCCUCGAGAACUACUUCCUGCUCGUCACGGGCCGGUUCAAGCAGUUCACCGUCGGCGAGUUCGAGGACUUCCUCGUCGCGCAGGCGGCGGAGUUCCUCACCGCCAUCUACCGCCUCGGCGCGCGCCGCGUCGCCUUCGCCGGCCUCAGCGCCAUCGGCUGCCUGCCGCUGGAGCGAACGCUCAACGCCGUCCGCGGCGGCUGCAUCGAGGAGUACAACCAGGUGGCCCGGGACUACAACGUCAAGGUGAACGCCAUGAUGGCCGAGCUCCGCAGCUCGCUGCCUGGGCUCAAGCUCGCCUACAUCCCCGUCUACGACGACAUGCUCAACCUCAUCAACAAUCCUUCCACGCUCGGGCUGGAGAACGUAGAGCAGGGCUGCUGCGCAACGGGGAUGUUCGAGAUGGGCUAUCUCUGCAACGAGAAGAGCCCCCUGACAUGCCCCGACGCCGACAAGUACUUCUUCUGGGACUCCUUCCAUCCGACGGAGAAGGUGAACCGCUUCUUUGCCAAUUCCACUCUGCAGAUAUGCUUAAAGGAGCUCCUCUGAUGAAUGCACAAUGCUGGAUGUACCAAAUGUUCAGACAUUCAGAUCAAAAUGUACUAUGAUCACGGUGCAGGUGACCGCCGUCGUAGAUAGGUUUCGUCGAGGACGAUCUAAUUAACGUGUACACUGUUCCAAUUAUGUGCUGAUCGAUCAAUUCUUUGGGUGGUUUCGAAGUGAAAGAUAAAAAAAAAUUACACAUUUGAGGUA